AUGAGCUUCGUUCUGCCUCGCGCUGUUCGUUUAUUGCGUGGAACACAAUCCCAAGUAUGUCACUACAGAUGCCUUCAGUCCUCAGUAAAUCACUCAAGGCCCUCAGCGCCAUUGAGUAAUUCAAGACGGCCAACUGAAAGAUCAUUCCACGCCUCCCCCACAAAAUUCUCGUCCAUAAAAAACCCAUACACUGUUCUUGGUGUCCCCAAAACAGCUUCUGCCGCAGAAAUUAAAAAGGCAUAUUACGGUCUCGCCAGAAAAUGGCACCCUGAUACGAAUAAAGAACCCCAGGCCCGGGAAAAGUUCCAGGAACUACAGGCUGCGUAUGAGAUAUUGCGUGACCCUGAGAAGAAGACCAUGUUUGACCAGCACGGAGAAUCCGCCUUUGACCCUUCCGGGGGUUUCAAUUCUGGUGCUGGAGCAGGAGGAUUUGGCGGCCAUCCCAGCGGAUUUUCGGGCUUUGGGGGUGGUGGUUUUGGGGCGGACUUCAGCUUUGAGGAUUUGUUCAAUGCGUUUUCAGGAACAACGCACGGGAAAAGAAGCAGGGGCCCUCAGGAUGUCGUUAUGGGUGAUAAUAUUGAGCUUCAAGCAACGAUAUCGUUCAUGGAGGCCGCGAAAGGGACCGAAAAAGAUAUUCGAACGGAGCCUUUGGUAACUUGUAAAACCUGCAGUGGAUCAGGAAUGAAGCAAGGCGAGAAACGGAAAGAUUGUGGCCGCUGUGGUGGAACUGGAUCCAGAAUUCAUCAUAUGGCAGGCGGAUUCCAAAUGGCUGCAACUUGCGACACAUGUAACGGUGAGGGGGUAGUAAUGCCGAGGGGCGCCGAGUGCCGGACGUGCAGUGGAGCAGGAGUGACCAGGGAAACACGGUCCGUUCAUAUUGACAUACCACCUGGAAUCGAGGACGGAAUGAGACUUCGGGUUUCUGGGGAAGGACACGCGCCGCCCGCUAGCAGUCCAGGCGCGCGAACCAUAAGAGGUGAUCUUUAUAUCCAUGUUCGAGUGGCUCCCCACAAGGACUUUGGAAGGAAGGGCGCCGAUGUGACAUAUACUGCUACGCUCCCAUUCACUACGGCGAUUUUGGGUGGAAAGAUCACAAUCCCGACCCUGGAUGGAGAAGUUGAUCUAAAGGUUAACCAAGGCACAAAUUCGGGGGAUAAAGUUACAAUCCCAGGAGCAGGAAUGAAAAAGAUAGGCAAGAGCAGAUGCGGUGAUCUUAGAAUUGAGUACAAGAUCAACCUACCUAAGAAAUUCACGCAUACCCAGAGAACCUUGCUAGAGUUGCUCGCAGACGAGUUUAAAGACCCCCAUGCAAAUAGAAUUAUGAAUGUCAGCCUCGACCAGUUCAAUACUGCGUCGGACCAUAGCAGUAGUAGUACAAGCUCGACUGAAAAUCGCCCUGGCCACAGUGGCUUCCUCAAGCGUCUUUUUAAUAGUAUCACACAUCACGAAGAUAAAGACAAACCACCUCGCAAUAGCGGCGCCCCCGAUGAAGAAAGUUCAAAGAAAGCCUCAGGUUCAGGUUCAGGUUGA